AUGUCUUACGGCACGCAUCGAGAUGUGGGUGAUGUGCAGCGACGAGAGGCCCAAUACAACGCCUCGGUAAGCGCCGCAGCCAAAGGGUUCGGCACGGGUCUGGCCGUCUCGGCGCCCGGGGCCUAUGUCCUGAACCGAUCCUGGCCGGCGUUCCGAGCCCUCACACCCGCCAUCAAGCUCUUCUUCGUGAGCGGCAUCGCCAUCGGCUCCGGCGUCAUCGCAGCCGACAAAGCCGGAAUCGCCUUUGACCAGGAACACUACACCGACGCCGGCGCUGCCGUGCAACGUCGCUACCAAUCGCGUGAACAACAGGAAUGGGCCUCCCUCUCCACCAGCGAUAAAGCACUGACCUGGGCAAAGGAGAACAAGUUCUCCGUCGUAGCCGCCACCUGGGCCGCCUCGAUGGGCGGCAUUUUUGCGUACAUUCACACCCAGCCCAUGACCUUUGCGCAAAAAUUGGUGCAGGCAAGAGUAUGGGCUCAGGGAAUCACACUGGCGAGUCUCGUGGGCAUGGCCGCGAUCACCCAGAUCCCAAGUGCGGGAGAUAAGAUCAUCAAGAGUCAUAAGGAGGCCGCGGAUCAUAGUUGGAGAGAGUUCGUGCCUCAGGAGCCGGCUAAGGAGACGAUCAAGGAGUAA